AUGGAAAAUUAUGUUGAUCCUAACAUAAAAAAUACAAUUUAUAUGGAAACCAAACAAUCCAUUAAUUCAAACCUUAAUAAUUCUGAAAAAUAUAAUAUGAGCAAUAAUCAUUUUAAAGAAUAUAAAAUAAUGAAUAAAUAUUCUGGGAAAAAUGAAAAAUAUAAUAAACUUUUUUUUGAUAUUCAAAAUGAUAGAAAAAAAAAAAAGAACAUUAAGGUAUUUCAUGAAAAUAGUUAUAAUACACUCAAUUACGAUAAAGAAAUAAAUAACAACAGUUCUAGUAAAAUUAAAAUUUUUAAAAAUUUCGAACCAUUCGAAGUAGCAAUAAAUGAAUUCCGAACAAAAUAUGAUAACAAAAUAUAUAAACAUAUUUGUAAAUUAAAGAGUUCAUAUGAAAAAAAUCAUAAUAUUAAAGAGGAUUACAUAAAUAAUGAAAAUGACAAAAAUGUUUCAGUUAAAAGUCAGCUAAAUAAUAAUAAAAGUAAAUAUAAUUUCAUAAACAAAUAUAUUAAAAAUAAUAGUAAAAAAAAAAAUGAUGGUGCAGAAAGAAUUAAAAGUAAUAAUAUAAAUAAUGAUAAAGGUCAUAUUAAAGAAAAUAACAGGGAAAGUAAAGCACAUAAAUAUUAUAUUAAAAAAUCCAAGUUAAAUUUUCCUAAAAAAUAUAUUUCAACAAAGGAAAUACGUUCAUUCAAGUUAAAAGACAACAUAUUUUAUAGUCUAUCAAAAGGUAGAUACAAAAGAAAUGAAAAAAAUUUUGAAUUUCUAAUAAGUACAGAAACAAGAAGAGAAAAGAAUGAAAAGUUGAAUAAAUAUUCAAAAGAAUUACCUAAUGAAAUAAUAUUUAGUGGAAACAUUAUUAGCAUUGAAAAUAUAAAUGAAAUAGAAAAAAAAACAAAUGAAAGUAAAAAAAAAGAUGGUACAAAAACAUUUUAUUCUAUACAUGAGAAAAAGUCCACAUCGGAAAAGAAUAAAAGCAAUACAAAAGAAAAUAUAGGUUUUGAGAAUUCAUAUGAUGAUACAAAAAAUAAACAAGAUUCAAGUUCCUAUUCUGAGGAAAGUUCAUUAUAUGAAAUUUCUAUAUUAGGUGAACUAAGUUUAAACUAUGAAUCAAGCAGUAGCAGAAAUAUAAACUCACCUAGAAUUAACUUUAAAAGUGUUUCAACAAAUAAUAAUACAAAUGAAAAUAAGGAUUACCAAAAUAAUAAGAAUGAUAAAUUUUUUACAGAAAAUAGAGGUAACAUAUUAAGUAAAGAUAUAGAUGAUGAAUUUCAAAUUAAAAAUAAUACAAACGGCAAUGUAUUACAUGAAAUUAAAAGUGAAAAAGGAAUUAAUGAUAUUAUUAAAUAUAAUUAUCAGAACUUGAAAAUGUCUCACUCCCAAAAUAGUGAUAUUCAUGAUAAAUUUUUUUUAGUAAAAGAGAGUGAACGUGUUAUAGAUAACAAAAAAAAAAAAAGUAAUAAAACAAAUGAAAGUUAUGAGCAAAAAGUUGAAAAUAAUUUUUAUUGUAGCAAACGUGAUAUUUUUAUAAAGAAUGUAAAAAACAAUGAAAAAAAUGUUAACGUAAAUGUUGAAAAGAAAAAAACUGAUGAUAACGAGUGCGCAUCAAGAAACAAAAAAGACUUAAAAAAAAUAGAAGAAAAAAUAUUUAUGCAUAAUAUAAAUGAAGACAAAACAAAAAGAAUAGCAACUAGAAAUAAAUCAAUAGACAGUAAUUCAUUAAAGUGGAAUUGUAAAUUUUUCACAAACAAAAAAAAAAAAAUAAGUAGUUUAUCCAAUGAUAUUCAACGUAAUGAUUUAUAUGAAAUACCCAAACUUAAUAAUAAAAAUGAAAAUAUUAUUUUAAAGAAAAAUAAUUAUUACAAAUCAAAUAAAAGUAAGAUUAAAUCGUAUGAUGACGUUAAUUACAAUAAAAGAAAAUAUGAUUUAAUUUUGAAAGAUCUAUUAGAAUUAACCAAAAAUAAAAAAAGGGAAAUGAACUAUUGUGAGAAUAAUGAAAUGCUUAAUAAAAAAGAUACAAAUCAUAAUUCUGAGAAUAAAAUAAUUUAUAAAGAAAAUAUAAAAGAAAAUUCUAAUUUUCAUACAGUAAAUGACUAUGAGGAAAAUAAAAAGGAAAAAACUAAAUUUCAUGAUGAAACAAAAGGGAAAAUAGAAUACGAGCAUAUUGACAAUAAUAACACUUCAGGAGUUACAGAUGAACAUAAAGAAGAAAAAAUUUGUAAUUCUGAUUACAAGAGUUUUGAUAAUACAAAAUUUAGUGAAACAAGUGGGAAUGAAUAUAUAAAUAAUAAAGAAGAUAGCAGUGAAAAAGGUAAAUAUGAAAAUAAAGAAGAAAUAAAGAAAAAAUUGAAUAAUUUAAGAUAUUAUUCCAAAUUUAUAGAAUUAGAAAAAGAAAUGAAAAAAGUUACUGAAUUAUUAAAAAAAAAAAAUGAGCAGAAUGAGAAAUUGAAGUUACAUUUACAGUUACAACAAAAAGAAAUUAUUUCACUUUGGGAAAAAUUGCAGUUUUGUGAAAAAAAGAAGAAAGAGGAAAAAAAUUGGAAGAAUACUGUGUUUUAUAAAAAUCUAAUUAAAGCUAAACCAUCUAAUGUUUUAGAGAUAAUAUUAAAAAAUAAUUCGGACAUUAAAAGUAAAUUUUUAGAUAACAUUCCAUCUUCAUUAGAGAAACAUAAAAAUAAGAAUAUCAUUUCUAUAAAUAAUUGCAUAUAUAGCGAUAAUGGAGUAAAUUUGACUAAUGAAAACAAAACAUCACUUUUACAUAAGGAACAUAAUUCUUAUGAGAUAAAAACAACAAAAAGAAAUAUUAAUAUUUUUAAUCAACAUAAAGAUGAUUCUACAAAUGUACCAUUAUUAAAUAAAAAUGAAUUGUCUAAUUUUGAAAAUUUCGAAGAUGUUGCAAUAUCAAAUGAAAAGGAUUUUUUUACAUACGAUGAGAUAGAUAAAAAAUUUUCAAGCAUUUCAUUGGAUGAAAUGAAAUAUAGAGAAGAAAAUUUAUGUAGAUUAAAAUCAAAUUAUGUUCCUCCAAAUAAAAAUAAAUCAAAAGAAAUAAUAACAGAAGACAUUAAAUCAAAUAAUAUAUACUCAAAUAAUUUCAACAAAACAAUAUGUUUCAACCAUAUAGAAAACAACUUUAAUGAAAUAAAAUUAAAAAAUAAAGCCAAUUUAAAUAACUUAAAUCCAUGCAGUUUAACUAAAAACUCAAAUAUUCCAUAUUCUAAUAAAUCACAUUUUUUAAAAACAUGUUACACAAGAUUAAACACUAGUAACUCUGAUAAUUUAAAUUCAUGUAAUUGUAAAUUAAAUAAUAACAAUAUAAAUAAAAUCCAUGAAAUAAUGUGUAAAACAAAUGUUAUAAGUAGAAACAGUUCUAAGUAUACAGAAAAAAUAUGCUUUAAAAAUUGUCCAUUUUCAACAAACAAUUUGUUGACAAAAAAAAAUGUGAAUUAUGAAGAUAAAAAUAUAUUUAUAAAAAUUUUAUCUUAUAUAAAAAAUAAUAGUUUCAAUAAUGAAAAAAAUAAUAAUUCUAUAAGAAGAUAUAAAUCAACGAAUUCAAAUUUUUCAACAAAAAAAAGAAAACCCCCUAAUAAUCUUUACUACAGAUCACGAUCUACUGGUAGUUCGAAUACUAAUUUUUCAAAAAAAUUUCAGGAUAUGAAUUAUUUUGACUAUUAUAUAGAUAAUUCUAACUUAAAUUUAAAUAACAAAAGAAUCAAUAGCGAUGAUAUAUAUAAAAAUAUUACAAGUUCUGAUAUUUCUGAAGGAAUAAGAAUAAAAAGAGAAAGUAUCUUACAUGAUAAAAAGAUGGUGGAUGAUGAAGAGGAAAAAAAUAAUUUUAAAAAUAAAAUGAAUAUUUCUUCUGUGAAUAAUUCAUAUAAUAAAAUUUUAAUAAAAAAAGGAAUUAUAAAAAGUAAUUGUUCAUAUUAUUUUAAGAACAAUGUUGAUAAAUCUUAUAAAUCAUAUCCUAACAUUUUGAAAAAUCAUAAAAUUGAAAACAUCUCUAAUGCUAAAAAAAGAAACAACGUAUUUUCAUGUAAAACGGACUGUGCAAAUAGUAAGGGGAAUUUCUUAAAAAUAAAUAAUUUCGAAGAAAAUAUAAAUUCUAAAAAAGACAAAGAAAUAACUAAUAAUUUCAAAAUACUUAAAUUCAAAAAUAAUUCUUUAAAAAUGUUUGCAAAAUAUGAUUGUAUGAAAGACAAAAAUCAAAAAACUAUAGUUCAUUUAAGUAAAAUUAAAAAAGAUAAAGAAGAAAAUAAGGAUAACAAAAGUAUAAAAAGUUUAAAAGAAAAAGGAAAAAGUAUAAGUAAUAGUAUACAAGAUAAUCAUAAAAUGGAGGAAUCAAUUUUUCUCAAUGAUUAUUCUAAAAAAGGAAAUAAAAGAAGUUAUGAGGGAGAAGAAAAUAAUGAUAAAAUAGAAAUUCUUUUUAAAAAAAGCGAUAAAUCUUCUAAGAACAGUAAUAAAUUUUAUUAUGAUAAUUCAAAGAACAAAAACAAAAAUUAUAAAAUUGUAAAUACGGAAGAAGAAAUUACUGAUAAAUAUGGUAUUCAAAAAGAAUCUUCUAAUAAUUUAAAAAAAGGCGAUGGUGUAAUGAUAAAGAAUGAAAAUAUUAAAAUAAAAGAAGUAAACAAGAGUAAAUUUAAUAAAAGUGAAAAAUACAUAUGCAAAAAUGUUGAUAAAACUUUAUAUUCUACAUCUUCUGAAUUUUCUAAUAGUAUUCAAGAAGAUGCAUCUUAUUACUCAAGUUCAAAUGAAGAACUGUACUUGUGGAAAAGAAGAAAAAAUAACAAAAGGAAAAGGUUCCUUAAUUUUAAAAAAUUGAAUGAUUAUAAAUUAAAGAAACAAAUUAAAGGAUGUAUUAAUGUUCAUUUGAUAAAUUCAAAUAAAGAAACAAAAAGUUCCAAAGAAUAUGUAAAUAAAAAAAUAAUUUUAAAUUACAAAAACAUGAAAUUAAAGAAAAAUAUACAUAAUGAAUUAAAUAAUGAAAAAGAAUGCGAUAUAUAUAAAAAAUUAAUAAAAUAUGACUUACAAAAUCAUAAAAAAAAGAGGAAAAAUAUGUAUAUAAAGAUAAGUGAUAAAAAAGAUAAAUAUAAAGGAAGUAAUGAAUGUGAAGAUACAGAAAUAAGUGAUGAAUGUGAACAUAUGGAAGUGAGUAGUAAUGAAAAUAUAAAUGCUUCUUCAAAAUUGACAUGUGAGAAAAGCGAAAAAAAAGGAAAAAGAAAAGGAUUAAGAAAAAAAGAUAUAAAGAAUAAAAUAAAUAAUAUUUUGUGUUCACCUUCUGAUUAUAUUUUACCUGAUCCCAAAAUAAGUUUUUUUCAAAAUGAUGAAUCUUGUAUAAUUGUUGAAUACCCAAACAUAAAAUAUUAUAUAAAAUGCAAUUAA